AAAGAGGGUAGCACUGAAAAAGAAGCAGGAAUCCCUCAUGUCCAUGCCCCAGGACAUGACCCCCCCCCCAGGAGGGCCCUCAUGGGAAGCCCAGCCCAGUUAAGGUGGCUGCCAAGAUGGAUGGCUCGGAGCUCCGCACAGUGCAGGUUGUGAAGUGGUACUCCAGGCCCCAGGCCAUGGGAGAGAGAUGGCAGAUGCCAGGUGGGUUUCUGGAGCCCUGCCCACCCCUCUUUGUCCAGGAGGUCAAGCCCCAGGAGGCUGUUGAGGGGCAAAGAUGCACUUUCUCCUGCCUCUUCCAUGGCCGCCCACAGCCUACAGUCACUUGGUACAACAAUGCCAAGCCCGUUGGGCGCAUCAGGGGCACCGCCGUUCACACCACAGAGUGCCGCUCUACACUGACCUUUCCAUCCCUACUCCCACAGCAUGGGGGCACUGUCACCUGCGUGAUCUUCAACCCACUGGGCACAGUCAGCACCUCAGCUGCACUCUAUGUGAGGCAGCGAAUGCCAGCCUAUGAGUACGCAAAGAAGGAAGAGGACAUGAAGAAAGAAGAGGAGGAAGAGGAGAAGAAGGUGAAGGAGGAAGAAAGGGAGAAAGAGAAGGAGGAGAAAGUGAAUGAGAAGGAGGAGGAAGAAGAAGCUGGUCUGGCCUUUGCAGCAGAGAAAGGACUGCCAAGUGCAGUUCCAGACUCACACUUGCUGUCGUUGCCUGUGGAGAUCAAAAUCACUGCCCCCACUCCAACACCAGAGCAAGGCACAGAGAUGAAGGACACCACACAACACCCUCCAGAGCAGGUUGUUCCCACCAUGAAGCACAAAUUCAAGUUUUCAUUUGAUAUGGGAAAUGAGCCACCCCAAUUUGUAGCAGAAGCCCCAGCACAUAUUCAUUGCCAUGAAGGAGAGGAUGUGAUGUUGGAGUUUGCUGUGUCUGGGCAGCCCCCACCAGCUGCGACCUGGUCCCUGAAUGGCCAGAGCCUCUCUGCUAGUGAGAGGCUGAGGUUUGAAGAAGGUAAGAAUGGCAUGUACCGCUUACAUAUUCAAGGGGUCUCUACCACAGAUGCUGGACAGUAUUGUUUAGUGGCCACAAAUGUGGCUGGAACAGCACAGAGUGCCUCUGAGCUGACAGUCCAGCCCAGUGCACCCCAGUUGUAUAGCAAAGAUGGAGGCACUGAGGAACAGCCUGCUGUGGACCAUGUUGUUCACCCCCAAGGCCUCAGCAUACUUGGGAAGGAUGAAGAGGAACAGAUUGUAUGCCCCAAGGAGGAGGAAGCCCACCUACCCUGGUCCCGAAGGCUGUCUCCAUCUCCUGGUGAGCAGUUGGAAGACUGUGAGAAAACUCCUCACUUAAGAGAAAGUGAGAUGGCGGAAACAAUGGUGCUGGAUAUUACAGAAGUUUAUGCAAAGCAAGAAAUGGGUUAUACAGAAGAAAGUGUCAGGAAUACAGAUGGUAUUUCUGAGGUGAGGCAGCACAAGGGAAAAGCUGUCUCUGAAGAACACAGCUUUGGAAUUGUUACUACUGAACUGCACCCUACCAUAUCCAGAAAAGGGCAUGAACUAGUGGCCAAGGACUCGGGUCACUUUUCAGAGGAGAUGGAGCCUGAAGGAGGCAAGGUGAUACCACAUACAGAUACUCUGUCCUGGGACAUCUUGAAGUCACCAUUUAUGGAAGUGCAUGGGCAAACACAUGUCUCUGAGCAGUCUGCUCUGGCAAGGGAGUGUGAGGAUUCACAAUUUUUCAUUCCUAUAUCGCCUGUGGUACAAGAGGGAAGUGAUGUUUGCACAGAGGAGAGUGAUGCCCCUGCCUGGGAGGCAAUGACUCCUGAUGUGCCUCUUGUAGAAGAGCCAAGCAUGCCCCACCUGCAGGACCACAUUGCAAGCAAACCCACAAAGGAGCUAUUUGGCUUUUAUGACUCCUGUACAGAAGAGCAGCAGAAGGAACAGCACAAGGAACAAGAGAGAUCAGUUGACACUGAACAGGACAUCGAAGGUGAUGAUCAUCUUGGUAAAGAAGAAACAAUUGAUGAUGGUGAUGCCACACACUGGGAAAUGCACAAUGAUGAUCAAAUGUUGCAAGGAAUGGAGUCUGACACAGGCAGCUCUUCUUUGGAUGUAAUCGUCACUCCUCCUGGCAUAGAAAACUCAGGUCAGAUUUUUACUGAGGAAGCUGAGGUUCACCUGGAAGAAGGGCAUUUCAGAGGCCAGCUGUUGCCACCUGAGACUGAUAAGACUGAUAUAUUUGAUCUGAAGAAGCUUGUGGAGCCUUUUCAAGCUGCAGAGACAAUGUACACAGAACCGGCACAAACCCCCACAGCUGUGGAGAGCAUGGAGGAAGGAGCAACUGGGCUGAUCUCCUCUGUGCACCAACAUGCUGCACUUGUGGAAGAGAUGCCUCUGAGUGAGGGACUUCAUCAGAGCUACAGGAUGCAGAAGGAGGAGGUCAAUGCCCAGGAAGAGGCACAGCAAAGAGAAACCAGCAGGGCUGAUUUGCAAAUCCCUAAUGGGGACCUUGGCAGUGUCAUGAUACCUGCUGAAGAGGGACCUCUUGCUGAAGAAAUUCAUGAGUCAGAGGUGAGUGUCUGUCUGGAGGACUCACUUGAGGAACAAAUUCAUGAAUUUCUGGUGGAGUCCACAGCAGAUUUCCAAAGAGAAGUUCAGGAAACAAAUGUGUGGGAGAGUGGGGAAUGGAUGGAGCCCACAGACUCCCAGAGUGAUAGCUUCAUCAUGGACUUGAAAAAAGCUGCACAUGAAAAGAAACCCCAGGCUGGGCAUCAGACUGAGGAAGAUGGUGGUUCCAGGAUAGACAAGGUCUUUGAGACAGGAAUGAGCAGCUUCACCUGUGAGAUGCAAAGCACAGAUUCCUCUGAGGAAAUGCUCAGGGACACACAACAGGAACCAAAUGCAACCAAGGGCUUCUCUUUUGGGCAACUCAUACUUGGUUUAGUAAUGGAUGAGCCCGGGGCACAGAAGGAGCAAAGGAAGGACUCUAGGGACAAGAACGGGACUGCCACUGAGGAAGCCUCUGAGAAUAGCCUAGAUGAAGAAGGACUGUGGGAGGAUACUUCUGCAGGUCCAGAGCCCAGUGCUGUUCAAGUGUCAAAGUUGGAGCCUGAUUUGUCCCUGGCCAAUUAUUUAAGAUCCACUGGGAUACAUGAAACUCCAGAUCUCAAAGGGACAGUUCAGAAGGAGCAGCAAGAAACUAUCACUUCACUGGAAGUGGAGGAGGUUACCUUCAGCAUGGUUUAUGAUUAUUACAACAACCAUCAGGAACUUGCCCGGCCCUUCUCUCCUGAGUCAGAAAUGUCUAUAGAGCUGGAGAGUGGGAGCAGAGAGGAGUCGCCUGAUUCAGACCGCUUUUACACUCCUCCCUCCUCAGUGGAAAUCUUUGAAACUGCUUCUUCAGCAUCCUACCACACCCCACUCAGCACACCCGAGCGCUACUCCACACCGUCUGAAGGCUCAGGGUACAGCACACCCCCUGAGCGCUACUCCACACCAUCUGAAGGCUCAGUGUACAGCCUGCCCCCUGAGCAUUACUCCACACCCUCUGAGAGUUCAAAAUGCAACACACCCUCAGAGCGCUAUUUCACACCCUUUGAGGGACCCUACUCUCCAUCAGGGGACAGCACACCACCAGAACGCUAUCGGACACCCACUGGGGAGUUUAUGGAUGCCCUGACCACACUCCCCUCCUGUGAGAGAAGGCAUCAGCCUCCAGACCAGCCCCAGGCUGACGUGUUUAGGACCCCCCGUGAGUCCCUGGAACCAUCAGGCAGGGAAAUGCCACCUGCAUUCCUCAAGGCAUUGAGCAGGAGGAGAUUGUGCGAGGGCAGCACGCUGAGGUUUGUGGCUGAGGUGGUAGGUGUGCCCAAGCCAGAGGUGAAAUGGUAUCGUAAUAAGUCUCUGUUGGAGCUGGAUGAGAGAGUACGAAUAGAGAAGGAUGGGGACAAAUGUAUUCUGGAGAUCACAAAUAUCCACAAAGAUGAUGGAGGACAGUAUCUGUGCCAUGCAGUGAACAUUGUCGGGGAAGCUAAAAGUAUUGCACAGGUGGAAGUUUUGCCUGAAUAUGGGCGGUCACUAGCACUACCACCCCCUGUUACCCACCAGCAUGUUAUACACUUUGACCUGGACGAAAAUACAUCUUCAAGGUCACCUUCACCACAGGAAAUCCUCCUGGAAGUGGAGCUGGAUGAAAAUGAGGUGAAGGAGUUUGAGAAGCAGGUCAAAAUCAUAACCAGUCCUGAGUUUACCCCAGAUAAGAAGAGCAUGGUAGUUUCCCUGGAUGUCCUUCCACUUGCUUUGUUAGAACAAGCUGCAGGCUUGGCUGCAGUGGAGAAUGAGGAUGUAAAAAUUGAUUUCCAAGUAACUGAAAUGCCUCCACGCUUUGCCGUGCCCAUUGCAGAUAUCAAGGUGACAGAAGGCUUGGAGGCAGUGUUUGAGUGUGUGGUAACAGGUACUCCUGUCCCAGUAGUUCAGUGGUUCAGAGGUGACACCUGUGUGACGCCUGGCACACGGAAGUAUGUUGUGAGUCAGAAGGAGGGACUUCACAGUCUGAAGAUCCAAACUGUAGGUCCUUCUGAUAGUGGCUGCUAUAAUUGUAAGGCAGUGAAUAGGCUGGGAGAAGCAACAUGUAAAGGCUCCCUUGUGGUCAUGGCUCAGCAGGGAGCAAGUGCUAAGGUGAGCAGUGACACAGUCAUGGGCUGUGCACCACAUAGGCCACAGAAGGGUGACUUGCUUUUGAGUAAGACUGUGAGCCCAGGUGACCAGUCAGAAAUAGAGCUGGAGUUUGAGUUUGAGCCGCACAGAGAUGACUCAGAAAAAGCAAUCCAGCUGCUUGCAGUGACUCAGCAAGAGCAGGAAGUGGAAGGGGAGAAGUGUGUUAACAUUAGUUUUGAUGUGUUUGCAGAGCCAUCCCAAGAGGAACGGGUUGAGUUUAGGGCAGAGAACUCAGAGAGCUGCAGCUUUGAAUUCCAGGUCACAGAAGCUCCUCCCAGAUUUGUCAGGCUCAUUUCUGACUACAGCACAUUUGUGGGUGCUUCAGUAUACUUCCAGUGCCUCGUGACUGGUUCCCCCCCACCAAGUGUCUGCUGGUACAAGGAUGGGGUGUUGUUGGAAGGGGAUAGGUACUGUUUGCAGGAAGAGCAGGAUGGCUCUCUUAGCCUUACCAUUGAAAACCUGAUGCAAAGUGACAGUGGGCAGUACAAAUGUGUAGCUACUAACAGGGCAGGAACUGCUGAGACUUGUGCUGUGUUAACAUUAUACUAAAUUUCCAUAAUUUAUUUCAAAGUCUCUUUUGAAAUACUAAAUGUUCAUAUGAUGUUGUUCACUGCAGGUAAAAAUGCAGCACUCAUCUUUAGGGGCAUUGUUUUUCAUCUCUUUAGGGAUGAAAACCACUCUGUGGGCAUAUUUCUGUCUCACUUAAACUU